AUGAGCAAGCUCUACGACGUCUUCCCCUCUUUCCCAUCCCUCAACAGCACCUCUCCCACCCCUUCCAUCCGCCACCUCCUCCCCCCCGCGCUCGAAAGCAUCAUGCUCCUCUCGUACCCUAUCCGCCCCUCCCCCCUCUCCCGCCCCGCCUCGGCAUCAAUACCGCACGCCCCCGCCCCCUCUCAAACGCUAUACGGCAAGGGCCCCGCCGAUGCCUGCUUUGUCCUCUUUUGCGCGCUGGCAUAUACCGUCGGGCGCGAGCUGGUGAUGCGGUAUGUGCUCGGCGCGUUUGCGCGGUGGUAUCUCGCAAGAAGCGGGCCUGUAGGGAGUGGGUUGAAAGGGAAGAAGGAGCGGAGACGGCGAGAACAUGUAGUGCAGAGGUUCGCAGAGCAGGGAUGGAGCUUUCUGUACUGUACUUGCUCUUGGAGUCUUGGAGCUUACAUCCUCUACCUCCUCCCGGCGCCCUUUUCCCCACAAUCCUGCUGGGGGACCUACCCCAACACGCCCAUUCCCCAACUCACCAAAUUCUACUAUCUCGCCCAGCUCGGAUGGUGGUUCCACCAGAUCUACGUCAUCAACACCGAAAAGAGGCGACACGACCACUGGCAAAUGUUCUCGCAUCACGUCUUGACGAUCGCUCUGGUCACUCUGAGCUAUAUCGGCAAUUUCACCCGAGUCGGCACGGUCAUUCACGUCCUCAUGGAUUUCUGCGAUAUCCUCCUCCCACUCGCCAAAAUGUUCCGCUACCUCUCCUUCAUCACCCUCUGCGACUCCACCUUCGUCCUCUUCCUCCUCUCCUGGCUCGCGACCCGCCAAAUCGGCCUCUCGUACAUGAUCUACACCUCCUGGGUCCACGCGCCCCAGCUCAACGAAUACAAGUGGGACCCCGCGACGGAACACUACAUGUCGGAAGCGGCCCUGAACGGGUUCAUCGCGAUGGAGAUCAUCCUGCUGGGACUGGCGACGAUGUGGUUCUUUAUGGCGUGUAGGGUGGCGGUGCGGGUCCUCCGUGGGCAGGGGGCGGAAGAUGUCCGGUCGGACGGAGAGGAGGAGUGGGUUGGAGGGUGUCAGGGAGGACAAGGGGGCGAGGAGACGGAAAUGAGGUAUAUGAGAGUUUCGCAGGAGGUACGGAGACCGCAGUAA